AAAAGCUGAAAUGUUUUGGUUUUGAAGUCCUCCCCAACUUUAGCCAGUUUGUUGGAACAAGUCUUUGUGUAUGAGUGAUUUUACACUUGCUAGUGAUACUACAAAUGGACGCUUUGCACAGACACCGUUCACUUUAUAAAGGAACGACUCCGCCAUGGAAAGAAACGUACCGCAAGCGCUGUGUGGACAGGCUGAAAAACAGCCGGUCCAGGCUGCUGGAGAGAUACCGUCAGAUGGGAGAGAGCCAGCAAUGCAGCGGCUCCGGGGCCUCCAUCAUCGUCCAGGAGGUGAUGGAGGAGGAGUGGACCGCCCUGCGGUCUGAGGACCAGAGACUGCCCUCCCUGUGGGGGCCAGAUGGCAUGGCAGAGAUGUUCAGUGUCAUGAAAGAGUAUGAUGAACUGGCAGUCCUUGAAGAAAUCCAACAGGAGCUCAUGUCUCAAGAAAUAUCUAUUAUUGAUGAGUAUGAGAAGAACCUGCAGUUUGAACAGCAGUACAUGUCGUCUGUUGUGGAAGGGAUGGACGAGGUGCAUAUUAUUUGCCCCAUAUGUCACACGAACAACUUGAAUAUCAACAGCUAUUUCAUCUCCUGCCCCUGUGGACUGUACAUCAACACUAAGAAACAGAACAUUACUCCCGACAUCCUGUGCCGUCUUCUGGAGUCCAGGGUGUCAGAGCACAUGGAGGACUGUCUCCACAACCCUGUUUUCUCUGUAACUCCAAACACUGACAGCUCUCCAAACCUGAUGAUAAGCUGCAAGGUUUGUGACUACUUGUCCAUCGUCCUGUGAAAGCAGCCACGGCCAUCACGAGUGACUUGACUCUGCUUUGCUUUUGUGUAUGUUUUGUGAAAUAAAGGCUAUUUUUUAUA